UAUACAGAGACAUUGCUGCCAGCGAGAGAGAGAAAGAAUGAAAGAGACCAGAGUGUUUGUCUACUACACGGGAGGGACGAUCGGCAUGGUGCCAGGGAGAAGUGGUGAGGGACCUGCGAAUCCGGGAGACUUCACCGCAGAGCUGCGCAGACAUCCAGAGCUCUUUGACAAGGAAGAUGGGGACUGGUUUGUGCUACCUUCAAAGGCCACAGCAGAUUGCCCGGAACAAUUCAUUGUGAAGUAUCAAGUGGAAGAGGUAAAGAAGCCCAUCGACUCUUCCAAAAUCACUCCAGAACACUGGGAGCACUUCACCAAUAAAAUACUGAAGAAACAAACACGCUACGAUGGUUUUGUUCUCCUCCAUGGGACGGACACGCUGGCCUACACCUCCUCUGCUCUCUCCUUCCUCCUCAAGGACUUCAAGAAGCCAGUGGUGAUCACAGGAGCGCAGCGCUCAGUGUUUGAACCUCGCAGUGACGCAGUGGAGAACAUCCUGGGAUCUCUCCUCAUCGCCGGCUGCUAUUGCGAGACCCCUGCACUACAACUGGUGUCAGUGUUAUUUGACAACAUGGUUUUUCAGGGGAACAGGGUGACGAAGAUUGACUGCUCUGCUUUCCAUGCCUUCAGCAGCCCCAACAGUCUGCCCCUGGUGGAGCUGGGAGUGACUAUCAAGGUCAAUGCAAUGUCCUCUUCACCUGUCCCCUCUCCCUCCCCCUCUCCCUGCUUCUCUCCCUACCUCCCUACCAGCCUCUGUCCCCUUCUCUGUUCCCUCUCGCUCUGUGAUGUGUCUGAUGUCCGAGUGCUGAGACUCUUCCCAGGAAUUAAAGAGGAAUACGUGCGUAGCGUGCUGUCCGGGGCGGGGGGUGUGAUUUUGGAGACCUACGGGUCGGGGAACGCCCCAGAUGAUAAGUGGUUCCUUGAAGCUCUGAAACAGGCCAAUAGGCAUGAAGCUCACCUCGAAGGUAAUACAUCUACCUCUGGUCUGAGAGAGGCUGGGGUGUUGUCUGGAUAUGACAUAACUUCUGAAGCUGCUCUUACCAAGAUGAUCUGGACUCUGAAGAAAUACACGACCCAGGAACAACGCAAGAAAGCAUUAGAGACCAGUGUGUGUGGGGAGAUGACAGUGACAAUAAGCCCAGACCCUCCUCUGAUCUGAACUCAGGACCUCCCUCCGCACAUGCUACCCAGCAUUAUGCAAACAGACUGCACCCAACCCAUCCCUGACACCCCACUCCCCCUUUCUGCCUUGCCUGUGGCCAAUAAAGCUUAGUUUGCAGUAUAAUCUGUCUCUGUCGCUCUCUGUGUGUUUGUUUCACUAAUACGACUGGAAGUGAAUGAUUAUUUCUAUUUGCAGACUUUUAAAAAGGUCUCCCAGCUAUUAUUAGGGGUCCAAGCAACACUAUUGUUAUGGUUAGGAUUAUUAGACUUCCAAGCCCAUGUCCAUUUGCUCCAGGCAAGGGAACCCAGAUUGCGUGCAAAAAGGAAGGCAUGACCGCUCUAUUCACAUUAAUACGGCAAUCUCAAUUAUUAAUUUGCAAGUCAUACUGCGUGAAAUGCUGUAUGUGUUACACACACUUUAUUUUAGUACAGGGCACUCCAAAGGACAGGUAUAAGUCCGGCGCCCACUGCCA